AUGAAUCUCGGACGCGCGCUUGUGAACCGGAGAAACCACUCCCCCUCCCUUGUGACGUCAUCAGAAGGUCCACGCCUCCUCCUGCAGAACAUAAAAAGCUCCUCCGCCGCGUCCUCCCCACACCGGACCGGGUCCACCUUCGCGCGUGUGGAGGGUGCGCGCGCCGACAUGGACGCCAACCGGACGCACGCCGGGCGCGACGCGCACCUGAUGCUGGACGCGUGGGCGCAGGGACUCUGGUGGAACCGGAGCCUCCUCCUGGCCAACGGCACCGCCGAGGAGGGUGAGGAGUGGGAGGGCGACCUGGACGUCAACACGGACACUUUCUCCAAGGUGCUGGUCACCGUCAUCUACGCGCUGGUGUUCGGCGUGGGCGUGCUGGGCAACUGCGUGACCCUGUGCACCUUGCUGCGCAGGACGAGCCUGCAGAACCUGCAGAGCACGGUCCACUUCCACCUGGGCAGCCUGGCCGUGUCCGACCUGCUCAUCCUGCUGCUGUCCAUGCCCAUCGAGCUGUACAACUUCAUCUGGGUGCACCACCCGUGGGUGUUCGGGGACGCCGUGUGCCGCGGCUACUACUUCCUGCGGGACAGCUGCGCCUACGCCACCGCCUUCAACAUCGCGUCCCUGAGCGUGGAGCGCUACAUGGCCAUCUGCCAUCCCUUCAAGGCCAAGAGCAUCAUGUCGCGCAGCCGCACCAAGAAGCUCAUCAGCGGCAUGUGGCUCGCCGCCUUCGCCCUGGCGGCGCCGAUGCUCGUCAUCAUGGGCCAGGAGGCGCGCCGGGGCGAGAACAUCUGCACGGCCACGGUCAGCCCGCCCACCAUGAAGGCCGUGCUACAGAUAAAUGCCUUCCUGUCCUUUGUCCUGCCCAUGGUGGUCAUCUCUGUCCUGAACGGGGUCAUAGCCAAUCAGUUGUUGAGAAUGUUCAGAGAGGCGGAGCAAGACAACCGCAUCUGCAUCGUCGGCGGCAAUCCCACCAUGCUCAAUGUGUCGGUGGAGCCCAACCGUGCUCAGUCGCUUCGCCACGGAGUUCUUGUUCUUCGAGUGGUGGUCAUCGCCUUCGUGGUCUGCUGGCUGCCCUACCACGCUCGCCGCCUCAUGUUCUGCUACGUGACCGACUGGUCCGACAACCUGUACGACUUCUACCACUACUUCUACAUGCUCACCAACGUCCUGUUCUACGUCAGCUCCGCCAUCAACCCCGUCCUCUACAACCUGGUGUCGGCGCCUUUCCGCCAGGUCUUCUUCUCCACGCUGCGCUACCUGUGCCUGCCCUGCGGGCGGCGCUCCCCCGGGCGCCGUGCCCGGCCCCUCACCCGACACUCCCUCAGCAACUCCAGCAACCACACCAUCUCCACCAACGUCAUCAAGGAGACGGCGUACUGACGGACGUACCGCGCGGUACCUCGGGUGUACCACUUGGACUUUGUCACCGGCUUAUGUGUUUGGAUUGUUCGGGCGAUCGUUUUUUAUUCGUACGGGACGACCUGCCAAGUUACAAUAGGUGUUGGGAAAUUGUGUUAGAUGUAAAUAUAAACGCAAUACAAUGAUUUGCAAAUCAUUUUCAACCCAUAUUCAGUUGAAUAUGCUACAAAAACAACAUAUUUGAUGUUCAAACUGAUAAACUUUUUUUUUUUUUUAAUAAUCAUUAACUUUAGAAUUUGAUGCCAGCAACACGUGACAAAGAAGUUGGGAAAGGUGGCAAUAAAUACUGAUAAAGUUGAGGAAUGCUCAUCAAACACUUAUUUGGAACAUCCCACAGGUGAACAGGCAAAUUGGGAACAGGUGGGUGCCAUGAUUGGGUAUAAAAGUAGAUUCCAUGAAAUGCUCAGUCAUUCACAAACAAGGAUGGGGCG